AUGGGGCUGCUGCUAAAGUCUCUGGCCCCGUCACCACCACGUCAGAUCAGCGACAGCACCUCAGCCCUGGAGGAAGGCAGGCAGGCGGCCAUGCAGAACGCCACGCGCCACCUCGUCCUGACGCGGCUCAGCGCCUCCCUCGGCGGCUCCGGGCACCGGCGACAGAGUUUCCGAGCCCGGUCUAGGGCGGGUGGGGGCCUCUCCCAGCGAGACCCCCAAACUGAGUGCUUGGAGGUCCAGCGCCCAGCAGGCACGCGCCUCAUUCGCCCGCUCCAGCCCCGGCUCCGGCGCGAGGCCACGGACCUCGCGCUGCGCCCCCGGCGCCUCCAGGACUGGGGGCAGGGCCGGAGGGCCGGGGGCGGGGCCGGAGGGCCGGGGGCGGGGCGCAGACGGCUGGGUCUCCCGCCCGCUCGGCGGGCUGGGCCCGAGGCGAGCUCGGGGGCCGGGGCGGCGGCAGGGAGCAGGCCGGCGCCCUAUGAACGCCGGGUGCGCUGGCUCCGCGAGAUCCAGUCCACACUCCGCGAGCGGCGGCCGGAGCGCGCCCGGCAGCUGCUGCGCCUCCUGCGGCAGGACCUGGGCCUCGAGGGGACCCUCCUCACUGACAUCCUUUAUAGGAACAUGGCCUUCCUCAAUCUGGUGGACCCCAUCUCCCAUGACCAGCUCGUGAACCUGGCCCGGGACCUGCAGUGCCCCAAGACGGACUAUGAACUCUGGAAAUCCUCAGACAAGAUCUGUUGGCAGCUCAUCUACCACCUUGCCCCUCACUACAGGCAGCGAGGGUCCAGCCUGCCCCAGAGGAAGACUCGGAACUGCCUCAGGAGCAGCCUCCGGAAGACUCAGCUGGCGGGGGAGCCCAUGAGCCUCUCGGGAAUCCCGCUGAAAGCACGGGACCUGCGGCACAUAACACGUUACCUGAGCAGCCAGGGAGCUGGGCUGGCGGUGCUGGACCCGAGCUUCAGCGAGCUGACUGAGGAGCUUCUGCACCUGCUAGUGCCCAGCCUCUGGGCACUGCCCUGCCUCUCCCAGCUCCUGCUCAACGUGAUGUGGGCCACCGCCCGCGAGCUCACUGAGGCCAUCGAGGACACCACCAAAUUCCCCGCCCUGGCCUGGGUGGACCUGGGCAACAACGUCGAUGUGGCCUCCCUGCCCCAGCCUCUGCUGGUUGGCCUGAGCCGGCAGCUGAGCCAACGAACCUCACUCCCCACCAUCUAUGAGGGCCUGGACCUCGAGCCGGGGUGCAGUGUGGCCGCAGCCACCAUCCCUGCCUCCACCUGGGGCUCUGCAGCAGCUGGGCAGGGGUCUGAGCCUCAGGUCUGCUGUUCCAGGUGACCCACCCCUACCCUGGCUCCUACUGCCUGACUGAUGAUGCUCCCGAGCACAGGGGACAGGGUAUGGCAGAGGCCCUGGAGGUCCCCCAGAGAUCCAGGAAAAAUGCUCAGCCUGGGAUUAGGGGGACCCAAGGAGAAUGGGCUUGAUGGAAGCCAGUCGGCCCAGGCUGGAGCCUCAGCCUUCCUCAGCAGGAGGGGCUGGGGGCCCACUGUGCAGAGCAGAUCCCACAAUAAAGGGUGACA